CCUCUCAUCUAUCUCCUUUCUGUUCUUCCUCUCUCACAAGCAUUAAUGAGCAUUGUUCAAUAAUUAGGGUUCUCCAUUUCUUGCUGAGGCUCUAAUCCAUUUCACUUUUCUCUGCAGGUGAUGAAUUGGAAAUGAAGAUCAAGGGAGAGCAUGAUGAUAUUCACAUAGGGGAGAAACCAAAUGAAUAUUUGGAAUGUGGGAAGAACUUUAGUCAAAUCUCCCAUUCAGCUUCCCAUCAAAGAAAUCCAACUGGGAAGAAAACCUAUCAGUGCUGGAAAUGUGGAAAGAGCUUCAGUCGGAGGGGUCAUCUCAUUAUCCAUGAAAGAAUCCAUACAGGGGAGAAACCAUAUCAGUGUGUAGAAUGUGGAAAAAGUUUCAGUCACAGGUCCAGCCUUACUUCCCAUCAACGAAUUCACACAGGGGAGAAACCUUUUCCGUGCUUCGAAUGUGGAAAGAGCUUCACUCGGAGCGACUCUUUCAUUUCCCAUCAACGAAUUCAUACAGGGGAAAAGCCUUUUCGGUGCUUGGAAUGUGGAAAGAGCUUCAGUGAGAAGUCCAAUCUCAUUUCCCAUCAAAGAAUUCAUUCAAAAGAAAAAUCAUUUCAGUGCUUGGAGUGUGGAAAGAGUUUCAAUGUAAGAGCCAGUCUCACUUUCCAUCAAAGAAAUCAUACAGGGGAGAAACCUUAUCAGUGUGUUGAAUGUGGAAAGAGAUUCACUCAGAAAAAAUGUCUCACUUCCCAUGAAAGAAUUCAUACAGGGGAGAAACCAUAUCAGUGCUUAGAUUGUGGAAAGAGAUUCACAUGGAGCAACUCUCUCACUUCCCAUCAAAGAAUUCAUACAGGGGAGAAACCAUUUCAGUGUGAGGAAUGUGGGAAAAGCUUCGGUAAGAAGGGUGAUCUCACUUCCCAUCAAAGAAUUCAUACGGGAGAGAAACCAUUUCAGUGUGAGGAAUGUGGCAAGUGCUUUGCUCGUAAGGAAUGUCUCACUUCCCAUGAAAGAACUCAUUCCUGGGAGAGCCCUUAUAAAUGCUUGGAAUGUGGAAGGAGUUUUAGUCAGGACUCCUAUCUCAUUUCCCAUCAAAUAAUUCAUACAAUGGAGAGACCAUAUAAAUGCUUGGAAUGUGGAAAGAAUUUUAGUCAGUAUUCCUACCUCACUUCCCAUCAAAGAACUCACAGCGGGGAGAAUCACAGUCUCCCAGAAUCAUUGAAUUGUUGCAUUGGAUUGGAUGGUGAGAGUCAUCUUCUCCAACCCCCUGAUAUUCAACAAAAGCAUUCGUGACAGAUGGCCAUCCAACCUUUGCUUAAAAUCCUUCAAUUCAAGAAGAGUCCACCACCACCUGAACUUGUUUGUUCUACAGUCAAACAGUUCUUGCUGUCAGAAAGUUCUGCCUGAUGUUUAGUCAGAUGCUCCUUUCUUGUAACUUGAAUGGAUUUGUUUGGGUCCUUCCACCAGAGCAGGAGAAAGCAAGCUUGCUCCCUCUUCCAUGGCCCAGCUCUUUAGAUAUUGGAAGACGGCUUUCACAUCUCCUUCUCAAUCUUCUCCAUGAUAAACAUCCCCAUCUCCCUCAACUGUCCCUCAAUAGACUUGGUUUCCAGAGCCUUGAUCCCCUUGGUCUCCCUCCUCUGCACCCAUUCCAGCUCAUCAGGGAUGAAGCUCAUUCAGAAUCUGGCACAAAAGGUUUGGUCCCAGCAAAGCCAUUGUGGAGAUACAAAGUAAGCAGCUUGCAAAAGGGAUGGAGGUAAUCCAAAAUGCAUCAUCCGUAAUGAAGUGCAUAAACUGCGUUACUGAGAGGAAGCUGAAACCUCCUUUCCCGCCAUGUUUGCAACAUCUCUUUUCCUGCAUUUCAAGGGGUUUGACUAAAGGACCCUCUGUGCUCCUUCCAACUCUACAAUGCUAUGAUUCUAUUAUCCUCUCUUGAUGCAGCUUAGAAUAGCAUUAGCCUUUCUUUGUUGGUGCUUCACUCUGUUGACCUAAGAGCCCUAGAGGCUUUUUAUGUGUACUACUGGCUAGCUAGUUGUCCCUCAUUUUAUAUUUGUGCAUCUGGUUGUGCCUGCCUAAAUGCACAUCCUGACAUAUUGAAAUUCAUGAAUUGCAUUCCUAUAACACCCUGUCCUUGAAGGUGCUGUUACACGGUUCUUCCCUAUCUCAUUUAAUGCUGACAAUAAUUAUACCAUGUUUUCCUCCAAGGUGGUGUUACAUGGUUCUCCACAAUUUCAUUUAAGGCUGACAAUAACCCUAUGAAGUAAACUAGGCUCUGAAGCAGCACCUGGCCUCAAAGGUCUCCCAAUUAACUUCAUGGCCGAGUGGUGAUUUGAACCCAGGUCUCUCAGGUCAUAGUCUGGCACAUAACCACUAUAUCACACUAGCUCUGUUUUGAAACUCAGAAAGUGUGCAUGCAUGUGCCUCUGCUUAACAUUAAGUGCAAUAUUCUGGUCUUUAUAUUCAAAGUUUUAUGCACAUGUACCGAAAUAAUUGUGGUGAGGAUAGUAUAAUCGUAGAUUUAAGGUAAUGUUAGCUAGGGAGCGGGAGAGAGGUGAGUGUUGAUUGGCUGAUAGUUGGAAACGGGUUGGAGUAAUUCAACAAUAUAUGUGAUUGUAAAUAGUUUUGGCAAGGGGGAGUUAUUGGUUUGCUUUGUUCUUGUUCCAAUUUUUAUUAUGCAUUUUGUAUUUCUGUUUUGUGUUUUUAUGCCAUGAAUUGCCCUGAGAUCUUCAGAUGAAACGUCGUAUAAAAUAUAAUUAACAAACAAACAAAUAUAAUUAAAAUAGUCAUAUUCAAAGUUA